AUGGUUUCGGAAACAUUUGCAGGCAAGGCGCAAUCAGUGCUUGAUUUCGCAAGCCAUCUCCAGGAGUUCUUGGCCAAAGACCAAGAUUCCUCCUCCCUGGAGUUUCCAGAUGUCCUUUUCUACGUGCGCGCCUUGCCUCUGCCACGCAAAGAACUGACCCCGAGCCACCGACUGGAGUUCGACCGAAAGGGCGUUGCUAUCUGGAAUACGUGCUGCAAACUGGCUGGCAAGAGCGGGUCCCCGCGGUACCUGGCACAUCUGGCUGAGGACACUGGCCUUCUCGAGACUGCAGCUAGGAUUGUUGAGCAGCUUGCCGCGAAACAAGAUGGCUUAUCCCAAGCGUCCCAAGAAAACAUCUUGAACGCAAGCAACUUUGAAGGAGACUCGAACGUGAAAUACUUGCUGUUGCGGGUGGCAUUGGUUCGUCUUGGCAGAAGGCAAGCGAAAAGAGCUGACAUUAUACAGGCAUGGAAACAAGAUCGCCUUGACCUUGCUGAUCAUUUCUAUGCACAACUUGAAGCCAUGCAGAAGGAGAUGAGCUCAACCCGGAUGGGGCAACUAGUCGAUCUUUGUUACGGGAUUGGAAAGGACCAAUUCAACCGACGACCACGCGAGCCUGACAUCAAAUGGCUGAAGCGAGCCUGCCUGAUAUCCAGUUGCACAAAUGCCGAAACUGCAGACGUCGACAUGCAGGAACUCAGACUGACGCUGCUACACACCUAUGGUAAGCAUUAUUCAACGCAUGCAGGUCUAAAUGGAGUCUUAUGCUUUCCUAAGCCAGGGCCCUUCUUGCCUCCAGUGGAGGAUUUUCCAAAGGUGACAACGAACUUCAUGAGACCCUCGGAAUACUGUGUCAAGUAUACUUUCGCAUGGUACAUUCCCUUGAUCGGUCCUUACAAAUCUAGGAAUUUGGCCACAAGCUACCGGUCCUGUUGCUACACCUAG